UCACAUGACCAGAGGCCAGCUGAUCAUCACGGACGAACAAGAUCACGGCAGUUACCUUAGUCUUUCAACUAAUCCCGAAUGAAGACGGUUGUUUGUUUGUCUGUUUAGCACAUUUUUAUACAACGCCCCGUUUUCAGAUCGUAUCCUGCAAAAGCCGAGAAGAUGUCUGGAAAAGAAAGGAUCGACGUUUUCCCGUCCAGGAUGGCUCAGACCAUCAUGAAGGCUCGGCUGAAAGGAGCUCAGACCGGCCGCAACCUGCUGAAGAAGAAAUCGGACGCCCUCUCUAUGCGCUUUCGUCAGAUCCUUCGCAAAAUAAUUGAAACAAAAACCAAGAUGGGAGAGGUGAUGAGGGAAGCUGCUUUCUCUUUGGCUGAAGCCAAAUUUGCAGCAGGAGACUUUAGCACAACUGUAAUCCAGAAUGUCAAUAAAGCCCAGGUGAAGGUUCGGGCAAAGAAAGAUAACGUUGCAGGUGUCACCCUCCCGGUGUUUGAGCACUACCAAGAAGGGGGCGACAGUUAUGAGCUCACCGGUCUGGCCAGAGGAGGGGAGCAGCUCUCCAGGUUGAAGAGGAACUAUGCUAGAGCUGUUGAGCUGCUGGUGGAGCUGGCCUCCUUACAGACAUCUUUUGUCACCCUGGAUGAAGCCAUAAAGAUCACAAACCGCCGUGUCAAUGCUAUAGAGCAUGUGAUCAUUCCCAGGAUCGAUCGCACUCUCACUUACAUCAUUACCGAGCUGGAUGAAAGAGAGCGAGAGGAGUUCUACAGGCUGAAGAAGAUUCAAGAGAAGAAGAAGCAGCUCAGGGAAAGGACCGAGCUGGAGAUCGCUGCUCGCCUGGCCGCUCUGGGUCCCAUCGCAGAGCCGGCCAACAUUCUGACGGAGGAGGCGGACGAAGACAUGCUGUUCGAAUGAAGCACUCUGCAGAUCUGCAAACGCCACGCGUCAUCCUAUUUAUUUGUGCCUCUCUGGCUGUGUCUGUUUUCCUGAGAGAGAUUUGUGUGUGCAUCACGUGAUUCGUUGUAUGUGUGUCUGUGUACAGGAACUAAAUCUGUGGCACUUCAGAAGAAGACUAAGAGUCUUACAAAAUAAAAUAAGCAUAUACAUGUACAACAAAGAAUAUGUUUACAUGUGGAUGUUGGUGAUCCAUAUGACCGGUCAGCCUGUAGAUAUCUUGUCACACAUUCAGUGGCUUUGCAUGCUGUACAGCUAAAGGUUGUAGAUCUCAAAGUGUGUUUGUGUCGUGGAGGUGUGACAUGGAUUCAUGUCAUGGUUACCUCCCUGGUGGGUGUUUCCCAUUUCAACAAACCCCCCUCAUGUGACCCAGCUUUAAAAUGUGGUGUACAUGUGUCUGAAACUCAUCUGGAUUAAAGUCUUAUUAUUCAAA